UGUGUUGCUAUUGGCGGGAUGGUUCAUAGCUUGGACCCUAAACUCGCGAUGAUGUAAUGCRAAAAAAUCUGAUUUAGUAUGCAAGGGACCCUCCAAUCCUACGAUCAAGACUUYAACUAGAAAUAAUUUCGUCCAAAAAGGCAGGACGAAAACUUAAAAAUGAAAUCUUGGGUUUUCCCCCUCGCCGUCUGCAGCGUAUUACUGUCCAUUCAUGCAGGUUCAAUAUCUAGACAAAAAAGAGGCUACUUAUCAAGAACGGGCCUAUGUCCCGAUCCCGCGAGUAAUUUUCAGAAGAAGGAUGUCAGGUUGAAUUAUAUGGGAAUGGCAGUGAUUCGCGAGGGAGAUUCAGUGGAUCCUCCUUGUACUGAAAGCGAGUGUAACGAAGACAGCCACUGUGAUGGCAAUCGUAAAUGCUGCAAAAACUACUGCGGGGCAGCUGUCUGCACCGUUUCAAUGAGAGAUCCGAAUCCAUGUGCUGGCUUCAACUGCCCAACUGGACAGGCGUGCAAGGUUCAGAAAGUCAAAUGUGUGAUGCCCGAGUGUCCUGUCGCUACUGCUAUCAACAGACCAACUUGUAUACCUAAAGAAACACUUCARGAAACAAACACUGCAACGCUCGGAGAUUUCCAGCCGGACACGUCUGAAGUUCUACAACAGUACAACGCCAUGCAGAUGCAGAACGACGCUACCAAAAGCGACAAUUCRUACGAAGMUGCURCUUCUGAUCAGAGUGAUGCGACAUCGGACACAGCACCAAAUGUCGAUGGUACUGCGGAUGUACAGACACCUGACAGUAAUCUAAUGCAGGCACCGAUGAUAGAGACUGCCGCUGGAGCACAGAGYAAUGACGCUCUUUCUUUCACAGAUCAACAACAAUCAUAUGCCAGUCCUUUAGAACAAACGAGUGCACCAGCAGUGCCAACAGAUACUGAUARUUUCACCCAGACUCCUAUGGAUAACGCCAACUAUGCACCAAUCCCCAGCCCUGACAUUGCUAGCUUCCAAGCCUCACAAGACUCAAUUCCUGUCGCAGACCAACCUUCUCCUGAUGUACAAGUUGUCGCACAGGCACCUGCUCAACAGCUUUCACCUCUCGAGUCGUCUUAAAGUGAAAUUAUAUUCAAUAUUUGACGAGGUUCUCUUCGGAUACUGAUUCUGUGUUCAGUUCAAUUGAGUUACAAUUGCUUAGAAGUGCUUUCCAAGGAAAAGCGCAUUCAUUAAGUGGAAGGUGUUUGCAGAAAUUUGAGUCAACUAGUAGUAUUYGUUAUUCCAUAAGGAAAAUUCCAUGUCUUUUCUUGGGGGUAUGUGGGCUUCUUUCUAUCAAUCUCCCAAUAUUUAUGGGAUAUUACUUCUCAGCCAUCACAGAAUUGAACGUACAGGGUUUUUUAGUUGUUCGUGCGGAUACAUGGAAUUCCUCUCGUAGUUGCGCAAGCUGUAUUUUUCUCGUUGUUGAGAGGAUUACAUCGUUUAGACGACAACCUACAAACUAGUUUGAGGAUUUUGUAAAUCUAAAGAGUGGGUUUGUUAGUAAUUGUAUUUUACCGAGAAUAAUGUGUAAAUAAAAACCGUGUUUAUUAAUCC